AUGUACCAGAAGUUUUCGUUACCAAUUGAUUUCCCUUUAGACUUCAAUCUUCCAAAUAAAGAAGCACCUGAAGAGUGUGAUGUGAAUCAGCAAUCUGUAAUCGUUAACCUUUUCAGUGGCAGGAAACCAGUAUGCCUACAUUUUCCAACUGCUGCUUGCAUUAAAAUCUUCGAUUUGAAGCAGAUCAUCUUCAAUCGUAUGUUGAUUGAUCCUGAAGAACAACAAUAUUACACACUGGCUGGAAAAUGGCUGGGUGAUUCUAUUCAAGUGUUUGAAUCCGAAGAUGUAGA